CCAGGUUCAUCUGGAGGAACUGGUGUGUUACCAGAUGAUUCUCUGGUUGCAUCUGUUGGAGGGACGGUGACGUUCAGAACAAACAUAACUCCAACAGAAACACCACUUCUGUUUGUGAUCUGGCAAAAGAAACAUGGUGAAAGUUUUGAGCCUAUAAUAACCUCAUCGCCUGCUGGAAACGCAACAGCACCAGAGUAUGAAGACAGAAUCACCGUGUUCAUGUUUACUGGAGCUCUGGAGCUCAGGAAUCUGAAACUCAGUGACAGUGGAAAUUAUGCUAUUGACAUUUUACUACCAAAUGGUUUACAAGAACUAGGAGUUACUACGCUGAACAUCUAUGCACCAGUCUCCAGUGUAGUAGUAACUCCACCAACAGCAGACCUGGUUGAGUUCAACAGUUCUGCCCGUCUGUCCUGCUCCUCCUCUGGAUCUUCUCUCUCCUUCCUCUGGAUGAACAGCAGCUCUGAGCUUACAGCCAGUGACAGAGUUCAGAUCACUGAUGGAGGAUCCACUCUGACUAUAAUCAGUGUGACCCGAUAUGACCAGGGACCAUACAGCUGUCGUGUGUCUAAUCCUGUCAGUGCUGAAACCAGUCAACCAGUAAACCUCGCCAUUAGUUACGGCCCAGAAAAUAUACAAUCAAAUAUAUCUCCAUUAAAAGAUCACUAUGAAGAAGGAUCAGACAUCACUCUGAGCUGCUCAGCUGAGUCUGAACCUUCUGCUGAUUUUAAAUGGCUUCUGGAUGGAAACCUGCUGCCUGAUUCUGGACCAGAACUCAGACUGAUGAACGUUCAGACGAGUCAGAGUGGAAACUACACCUGUCAGGCCUUUAACAGCAAAACUCUGAGAUAUCAAACAUCUCAACCUUCUGCUGUCUCUGUGCUUGUACGAGUCUCUAAUGUAGGAGUAACUCCACCAACAGCAGACCUGGUUGAGUUCAACAGUUCUGUCCGUCUGUCCUGCUCCUCCUCUGGAUCUUCUCUCUCCUUCCUCUGGAUGAACAGCAGCUCUGAGCUUACAGACAGUGACAGAGUUCAGAUCACUGAUGGAGGAUCCACUCUGACUAUAAUCAGUGUGACCCGAUAUGACCAGGGACCAUACAGCUGUCGUGUGUCUAAUCCUAUCAAUGCUGAAACCAGUGAACCAGUAAACCUCUCCAUUAGUUACGGCCCAGAAAAUAUACAAUCAAAUGCAUCUCCAUCAAAAGAUCACUAUGAAGAAGGAUCAGACAUCACUCUGAGCUGCUCAGCUGAGUCUGAACCUUCUGCUGAUUUUAAAUGGCUUCUGGAUGGAAACCUGCUGCCUGAUUCUGGACCAGAACUCAGACUGAUGAACGUUCAGAUGAGUCAGAGUGGAAACUACACCUGUCAGGCCUUUAACAGCAAAACUCUGAGAUAUCAAACAUCUCAACCUUCUGCUGUCUCUGUGCUUGCACGUAUUUCCAAUGUUGUGGUGAAAUCAGACACUACAGAUCUGGUUGAGUCCAAGAGCUCUCUCAGUCUUUUCUGCUCCUCUGCUGGAUCCUCUCCCAUUUUCCUCUGGAUGAACAGCAGCUCCGACAUUACGACUAGUGACAGAGUUCAGAUCGACACGACUGAUGGAGGAUCCAAUCUGACUAUAGUUAAUGUGACCCGAUACGACCAUGGAUCAUUCAGCUGUCACGUUUCCAAUUAUGUCAGUUCUGACAACAGUGGUCCAGUAAACAUUUUCAUCAGCUAUGGUCCAGAACAAGUUAAACUGACUAUAUCACCACAUGGAGAAACAUUUGAAGAAGGCUCAGACAUCCUUCUGUCCUGCUCAGCUGACUCCAGACCAGAUGCCAUGUUUCAGUGGUUUUUUAAUCAAGGCUCACUGCCUGAUAUUGGACCAGAGCUGAGUCUAAAACAUGUUACAAUUAAACAAAGUGGAGACUACAGCUGUCAGGCCUUUAACAACAAGACUCAGACAUAUGAAGAAUCUCAAUCCGCAGUGAUCUAUGUUCAUGGACCCAGCUCAGGAGUAUCUGCAGGCAUCAUCGCUGCAGUUGUAAUUGUGUGUUUAAUAUUUGUUGCUGGACUUGGUGUGGGGUAUUACAUCUACAAAAAAAAUUCUACCACAGUAGGUGCUAAGAAGCAAGAUAACACAGCAGAUGCCAGUGAGGAGCUGCACUAUGCAGACCUUAAGUUUUUAAAGAGCAAGAAACGAAGGAACGUGAAGUCAGAAGAUACUACAACAGAGUACGCUAAAAUCAAAGUGAACACUGGACCCCCAGCAUCAUUUUCCUUUAAAAAUCAGGAGCUGAACCCUGCAGACCUCAGCCUUCCUAAGGACAAUAGAAGCAGGCCAGCUCAGGUGCAGUUUGAAGAUUUUUCGUCAAACUACGCUCAGAUCAGAGUGAACAACAGACCUGAAGCAUCCUCUUCCAUUAAUAAUCAGGAGCUGAACUCUGCAGACCUCAACCUUCCUAAGGACGAUAGAAGCAGGCCAGCUCAGGUGCAGUUUGAAGAUACUUCGUCAAACUACGCUCAGAUCAGAGUGAACAACAGACCUCCAGCAUCCUCUUCCAUUAAAAAUCAGCAGCUGAACUCUGCAGACCUCAACCUUCCUAAGAACGAUAGAGUCCGGCCAGCUCAGGUGGAGUUUGAAGAUGCUUCGUCAAACUACGCUCAGAUCAGAGUGAACAAAAACAAACCACCACCUCCUCCUCCUCCCACCUAUGAUGUCCACAUGCAGCGAGGGACGAAACCGGCUCCUCAGCCUGAUGUUGGUGAACAAACUUCUGCUCCGUAUAUGAACUUUCCAGACCCCAGGUUUCCUAAGAGUCAAUUUGGAAGGACAGUCUCGUUGGAGUUAAAUGGAACCACAACAAACUUCGCUCCAACCAGAGGGAACAGCAGCAGACCUCCACCCCCUCCUCCCCCCACCUACAAAGCUCGCCUGCAGAGAGAGAACGUCCCCCCUCCUCAUGACGUUAACGCACAAAUUUACGCUCAAGUUGACAAAAGUCAAAAGCGUUUAAUGUAG